CAUCACUAAACUGCACAGCGAGUUUGCGGGUGGUUAGUUUGGGGUAAGAGAAGGAAGCAACUCCUUCACAGAUAAGCAGGCAAUAAAGAGACACAUGCUGUUUCAUAAGGAUACGCCUGAUUUCCAGAAAUAACCAUGUUUUUGUGGCUUAAACUCUUAGCAUUUGGUGUUGCACUUCUGAGACAGGAUGCUUUUCUCAAAGGAGAAGAUGCAACAAUGACCACACCUGGUGUCUCUCCUGCAGACAGCACAUACUUGUCCACGCACGCAGGCUCCACCCCUGCCACGGGACUCAGCAAUCCACCACACGACAGCACUGCUGCCCUCACCACACGCACUCUCAUUGCCUCCGAGAGUCCUUCAUCAGAUGAUUACAAUUCAACAUCCUUGCACAGCACCACCUCACCAGUCAGCACGCCAGCAAACACUGGAAUCACCCCCACUCACACAAUAGGAACCACAGUGACAACUUCAUUACCUUGUGAUGAUGGUAUUGAAAGCAGCAUAAUUGAAGAAUACAGCAAUAACACGGCUGACGUUGAGCUGAGAAAUCUCACAAUAUCCAGAGAAUAUGUAAUUGUGGAGGAAAACAAAAGAAUAAUUGCGGAUUCCAGCACCUAUACAGUAAAUCUUCAGAAAUGCAUGAGAUACACAGUUCAAGUUAAAUCCUGUCCAGACAAUUAUCUUACUGUUCCACCAGUCGACAGUGAACCUUUUGUAGUUGAGAAAGAAGACAGCACAUCUGCACUGUUAUGUUGGAGUAGCUCACUCGCCUGUGCUCGUGUGAUUCCUGUCUGCAAAGAUCCAGUAAGCUCUACAGAUUUACCAGACUUCAUACCUCCAAAUCAAAAGAAAUGUAAAAGUCUGAACAAUUUAUCACCCAACCGCGAGUACAACUGCUAUGGAACCAUGUAUUUUCCUAAAAAUGUGGUUGCCAACCAAAGCUUCACCAUAACUACAGAUUAUGGUGCUCCAGAAGCACCAGAAAAACUUGAUGUAAAUUCUAGUGGGACAAAUGUAAAAGUUACAUGGAGGGAACCUAGCAACACUUCAAAGGGUCCCAUACAUGGCUACCUUGUGCAAUGCUUUGUGAAUGGCCAAGUUUUUUGUAAGGAGACAGAAAUCAACAUGACUGACUGGACUUUCAAUGUACCUGAACCCUAUAGCAAUGUUUCUGUUUGGGUGACUGCAUAUACGAACUCCAAACAGAACAGAAAACUUAAGGGUGAACCUGAAAAGCGUAACAUUAUAACAGAAGAAGGAGUACCAGAGAAAGUGACUGCUGUUGAAGCAAAGUUGACAGCUGAUAAUGCUGUCCAAAUUAAGUGCAAACGUCAAAAAGUGUAUGGACCACAAACAAUAUUUCAAUUGACUUGGGAGAAUGAUGGAAAAACCUACAAGACCGGCGAGAAUUGUGAUUUUACAAUAGAAGAUCUUUCAUACUUGACAAAUUAUACAUUUAAGAUCUCAGUGUUUAACAGCAAACAUACAGGGGAGGCAGUACGGGGGAGUAUAAAAACCAGAUACAAUUCUAGAGCCCUGAUUAUAUUCUUGGCAUUCUUGAUCAUUGUGACAUCAAUUGCUUUACUACUGGUUCUGUACAAAAUCUAUGAUCUUCACCAAAAAAAGCUUAGCAAUUCUUCUGAAGAUGUGAACCUUGUUGCAGUUAAAGAAGAUGAGAGGCAACUUCUCAACAUAGAACCGAUACCUUCAGAGCAAUUGCUGGACACAUACAAGAGGAAGAUUGCAGAUGAAGGAAGGCUUUUCUUGGACGAAUUUCAGAGUAUUCCUAGAGUUUUCAGUAAAUUUUCUAUAAAGGAAGCCAAAAAAAGCCAUAAUCAGAACAAAAACCGUUACAUUGAUAUUCUUCCAUAUGAUCAUAACCGUGUUGAGCUCUCAGAGAUCCCAGGAGAUCCAGGAUCGGACUAUAUCAAUGCAAGUUAUAUUGAUGGCUUCAAAGAACCAAGAAAAUACAUUGCUGCACAAGGCCCCAAGGAUGAAACCACAGAUGAUUUCUGGAGAAUGAUCUGGGAACAGAAGGCAACAAUUAUUGUCAUGGUGACUCGCUGUGAGGAAGGAAAGAGGAACAAAUGUGCCCAGUACUGGCCAUCAAUGGAGAAUGGAUCUGCAACGUAUGGGGACAUCAUUGUGAAGAUCAAUGAAAGAAAAACAUGUCCAGACUAUGUCAUUCAGAAACUACACAUCACAAAUGGAAGAGAAAGGACAACUGGAAGAGAUGUCACUCAUAUUCAGUUCACAAGCUGGCCAGACCAUGGAGUCCCUGAGGAUCCACAUCUCCUUCUCAAACUCCGACGCAGAGUUAAUGCUCUCAGCAACUUUUUUAGUGGCCCAAUAGUAGUUCAUUGCAGUGCUGGUGUUGGGCGCACUGGGACAUACAUAGGAAUCGAUGCCAUGCUGGAGGGGCUGGAUGCAGAAGGCAGAGUGGAUGUUUACGGCUACGUUGUGAAGCUGCGUCGGCAGCGAUGCCUCAUGGUUCAAGUAGAGUCGCAGUACAUCCUUAUUCAUCAAGCGCUCGUGGAAUACAAUCAGUAUGGAGAAACAGAGGUCUGUCUCUCAGAGCUGCAUUCCUACCUUAACAAUCUGAAAAGAAAAGACCAUCCGAGUGAUCCUUCUCUGCUGGAGGCAGAAUUUCAGCGAUUACCUUCCUAUAAGGGGUGGCGGACGCAGAACACUGGGAAUCGUGAGGAAAAUAGAAGCAAAAAUAGGAAUGCCAACAUAAUUCCAUAUGACUUUAAUCGAGUGCCGAUCAGGCACGAAGAUGAAUACAAUAAGGAGGGUGAACAUGAUUCAGAUGAUUCCUCAGAUGAGGACAGCGACUGUGAGGAAUCAAGCAAAUACAUCAAUGCUUCCUUCAUAACGGGUUACUGGGGUUCGAAAGCCAUGAUUGCAACCCAGGGACCACUGCAGGAAACUAUUUCUGACUUCUGGCAAAUGGUGUUCCAAAGAAAAGUCAAAGUCAUUGUUAUGCUGACAGAGCUGAAAGAAGGAGAUCAGGAACUCUGUGCGCAGUACUGGGGAGAAGAAAAACAAACACACGAUGGUAUAGAAGUUCAAAUGACAGAUGUCAACUGUUGCCCAAGCUAUACCAUACGGGCAUUUGACGUUACACACCUGAAGACAAAAGAAACACAGAAGGUGUAUCAGUAUCAGUAUCAUAAGUGGAGUGGCUUUGAUGUUCCGGAAACCCCCAAAGAUUUAGUCAGCAUGAUUGAGAAAGUUAAACAAAAAAUUCCAUCCAGACAAGUCACUGAGGACAACAGGAGAACCCGCAGUGUCCCACUUCUCGUCCACUGCCGUGACGGAUCACAGCAGACUGGUGUAUUUUGUGCUUUAAUGACCCUCUUGGAAAGUGCAGAAACAGAAGAAGUAAUAGAUGUUUUCCAAGUAGUAAAAACUCUUCGUCGCACCAGGUUGGGAGUGGUCCCCACCUUUGACCAUUACCAAUUUCUGUAUGACACCAUUGCCAGUACCUACCCUGCACAGAAUGGACAAAUAAAGAAGAACAGCCGGCAGGAAGAUAAAGUUGAAUUUUGCAGUGAAGUAGGAAAAACAGAUCAGGAAACUGAAUUGAUCACUAUUGAUCUUACUCCACCAACGCCAGAGGAAAAUGAGCCACCUGAAAUAUGUGAUGAUUCUAAGGCUGCAGAUAGCACUAAGGGAACAGAAAGUUCUACAAACGGCCCCACAACUCCAGUUCUAACUUAGAGCCAUACUACAAAAAAAGAAAAAAUGCUUUUUCAAGUGCAAAAAUAUCUUAAGCAAAAUAAGAAGUAUAAGAUUUCUUCUUCUGACCUUUUUUAAUUUGAAAACAUUUAGUUAUAUCACUUUUUCAAAGGUACAAAUUUAAAGAAAUACUUGAAACUUGUAGAGAGGGACAAAGAACUGUGGAAGUUUAAUUUGUGUGUAGAUUUUCAUUUAAUACUUCCUCAGAAACCUUUUCACGAAUUUUAUACUUUUCUUUUUAAAACUAUGUACAGUGUAAUACUAUGCUGAGCAGUGGGAAGGAAAUUUUUUUUACCUCUGUAACAAGGAGAAAAGCAACUCAGAACAGCAAGAUUAGUGUGUUGCAAGAACAGGUCUGUCCUCAAAACUAUUAGCAAGUGAGUUAACCUACUCGGUAAGCACAUAUUCUAACAUUUCAGGAGUGCUGACCCAGCUCUGCAUUAAUAAUACUCUGUGGGACUUGUGGGACUUGUAGGACUUUGCCAAAGACUUUUAGAAGCUUAUAGUUCACAUCAUGUGGCAAUUCCAAGGAAUUUAGAUGUACAAUGAAUCUAAAUCCUCCCAUAUCAAUGCGGAAGAGAAAUUUUUGCAUUUUUCUAUCUGUCCUCAAGGUGUCCUUGUUGCUCCACAUUUUAUUAAUCUGAUAUCCCAAUGUUAGACUCCUAUAAGAGCUUGGGGAUCAGCAUUUGAAUCAUUGCAACAGUUCUGAUAGAAAGCACAGUCUGUUUACUCCUAGAGCUUAAAAUACUGCGUGCUUGCACAUCUAUUUCUUAUGCUUACUUUUAUUUAAAGGGACUACUCUUGUGUAUGCAUCCCAACUCUUUGCAGAAUUGGAAAAUGCUUUGAUACUUUUCCUCAAAACCUUGUAGAUUUUAAUUGGUACAGGAUUUUUUUUUCAUAAUGAGAUUUUGUAUGUUACAGUUGUGAUAUUUUUACUAUUUCUUGCUGAAUUUUAGCCUACUGUUUUUAGAACAAAUAAAAAAGUUAAUAU